CGCAAGCGUAGACAAAAUACGUAAAUAGUCCUGUACUUCUCGUUUCAAUAAGGAAAAUCUUUGAAAAUGUUGAGGAUAUCGUGUAUUUAAUCACCGUUGUUUGUGGUGAAGUGGAAUAGGUCUUGGACGACUGCAGCAAGUGGUAUUGAUGCUUUGGGAUUGACAGAUGUCAUCGGGAAUCGAAUAUUAUUGAGAAUUUUGUCUGUUUUUGACGUAUUAUAAUUUGGAAGAAUGACGUUAAUCGAGGGAGUGGGUGACGAAGUGACAGAUUUUUUCAUUGUGGUGGCUGUUGUGGUAGUGGGAUGGCUUGCCUGGUGCUCCACGAAUAUCUCAGAACAACCCUUAAUUAGAACAGUCCUGAUCCUCCAGCACAGGACACGAACAAGAAUUGCUGAGUUGAGGGCCAAUCAUUCGACAGUAAUCAGUGAUACAUUUACAACAAGAACGUCAAGUUUCGACGAAUCUGCAGCUAACGAAGAGACCACUGAACCCAUCAGUCAGUCCCACAACGAGACUGAACAGACGUGUUUGCAGGAAAAUCAAAAUGUUCCUCAGACAUCAGAGACAUCGACUCCCCCAGGUGCAGCAGCUUCAGAGGAGGCCCUCAUCCAAGCCAUGGACUCAGGCACGGACGAGUCGGAAUUAGCAGAGCAAAAGCUGGAGGAGACGGAAAAACAGGAGACUGACGCUAAUAUCCCAGAGGCGACAACUUGCGUCUCCUCUCGUCCUUCUGAGGCUUCUGUGGAUUCUAUUGACGGAGCAUUGUUGACGGAAAGGGAAGAGAUUGUUAUCAAACUCAAAUUCAUUAAUGAUGACCAGAGGAUUGUCAGUGGAAGGCCCAAGGAGACGCUUGAAGACUUUAAAAAACGUCAUUUCCAGGCAGAACUGGAAGCCCAGAAGCGGGUGAGACUUGUAUUCAAUGGUCACGUUCUCCAACCAGACACCGACACUCUCGAGCAAUCUGGCCUUUAUCACAAUUGUGUCGUUCAUUGUCUGGUGCAUCAGCAACGUACUAAUCCAGGGAAUACGAAUACUCAUUCCUCGGUUGAUUCAUCAUCCUCGAUUUAUUCGAAUCCCCAGUCAUUUCAGAAUAUGCCAACUGGCGGUAGUACCUCAGUGCACAACGAAUGGGAUCUCAGUAGAUUACUUGUUGGUUUGAUAACUCUCGUAUUGAUAAUUGCUUGGUACUCGCGUUAUUAUUAUGCUCAAUUGUUCACUGCUGCUGCAACAAUAGCAUUAUACGCGUUAACAGCUGUUUUUACUCUGUCAGUUGUAGGAUAUUUUUUCCCUGAUCAAGACAGCCUGAGAAAUAUCGAGUAAUUGUUGACUCUGAACCAUUCUGUUUUUUUCUCAUUUUCAGUUUCUCCUCUACUUUUUAUUUAUCACUCUCACUGUAACUUAAUUAUUUUCCCUUUGUUUCGUUGUAAAAUAUUUUUAUACGUAGGAGUUAUCUAUUGGCUCGUUUAUUCAGAAUUUCAUUGAGCAUCUGAUGUUGAAUUUUACUGCAGUCGAUGAACGAAUUUAAUUUGUAGAAACUAGUGGCGAAAUUUUAGAGUGAGAUAAAUCGAAUUCAAUGUUUUUUGGCCACAAUUUCACUGAGUAAUUAGUGACUUUAAUCAUUAAGUCGUUUUAGAUUAAUUGGCCUCAGAUUAAUUUGGGAAAACUGAAAAAUUCGAACUAUCCCGCUUUGAAAUUUCACUACGGAAAUAUUUAAUACUGAAUGGAAUAUCGAAGACAAUGAAAAUCGUGCUGAGAGUUGAGGGAAUUGCCACUGUAAAAUUACUGGAACGAUAUCGGACAAUAAUUGGUCAGAGUUUAAACACCACCCGAGAGACAUGACACGGGGAACGAGAUUUUGGAUUCUGUAAGUGGGCGUACCUGUGUUAACAAAAUAAACUAAGAAAAUUAUUAGUUAA